AAACAACAGGGAUAAAAGAAUGAAGAAGAGAUGAAGAAGAAACUAAAAGAAGGAACUAAUAAUAGAGAGGACAAAUAAAAGAAGGGACAGCAGAUCACAUGACUCUGAGGAUGUGGGACCUUUGCCCUGGACAGUGAUAGUGGGAUUUUGAGAAGUGAAGGAAUUCAAAUUGCAACCAAAACACAGACAGCAGCGACUAACUGCAGGUGGUCCACACACCACCUCCAUGGUGGAGACCUGAUCUUUGGGAGCAGGACAGAGUCUGUCCUCCCGCCCAGGCCCCGUACCAGUGAUCACUGGUGCCAUGGGAACAAGUAGGUCCAACAGGUACAGCAUUGUGUCCGACAUUUUACCGGAGGAGGAACGCCAGAAGAUCGCUAGUUUAAGACUCAACAACGGCCACAGUUCCCCCAACUUCCAGCUGCACUCGGCCUGCGACACAGAGACAGAAGACAGGAGGAGGAGUUCAGGAGCCUCUGCUGCCGCGCCCGGCUCAAGGGGACAAGGAGGGAUGAACAACUACAACGGGAAGAUUCUCACAAGGGGCUCCAGCCAAGUACGGAGCCGGUUCGUAAAGAAAAAUGGACAAUGUAAUGUUUUAUUCACCAACAUGGAGGAGAAGAGGCAGCGCUACCUGGCUGAUAUCUUCACCACCUGCGUGGACAUCCGCUGGAGAUACCUGCUGCUUAUAUUCUGCACCAGCUUCAUGGUCUCGUGGCUUUUCUUUGGCAUCAUCUUUUACAGUGUCUCCCUGGCACAUGGGGACUUUGAGGAGCACCUUACGGUGAAGGGUGAUGUGCUGGCGGUGGGGGGGCUGCAUGGACCCACCUCUGGACACGCAGCUGGAGGGCAGACACAAAGGAUGCCCUGCAUACUCCAUGUCCAGGGCUUCGUUGGCGCGCUCCUGUUCUCCAUGGAGACCCAGACAACCAUCGGUUACGGAUGGCGCUGUGUUACCGAGGAGUGCCCUGUCGCCGUGUUAACCGUGGUUAUCCAGUCCAUUGUGGGCUGCAUCAUUGACUCUUUCAUGAUUGGCACCAUCAUGGCCAAGAUGGCACGCCCAAAGAAGAGGAACCAGACCCUUGUCUUCUCCAAAAACGCUGUCAUCGCCCUGCGCGAUGGCAAGCUGUGCCUCAUGUGGAGGGUGGGCAACCUGCGGAAGAGCCACAUUGUGGAGGCUCAUGUCCGCGCCCAGCUCAUACGUUCAUACGUCACAGCUGAGGGCGAGUUUAUCCCCUUGGAGCAGAUGGACCUCAAUGUGGGCUAUGAUGAGGGCACAGACAGGCUGUUUCUAGUAUCUCCACUUGUUAUAGUCCACGAGAUAGAUAAAGAUAGCCCGUUGUACACUUUAAGCCGAGCCGAUCUGGAAACAGAUGACUUUGAGAUCGUUGUGAUCUUGGAGGGGAUGGUGGAGGCCACGGCCAUGACCACCCAGUUCCGUAGCUCCUACAUUGCCAGAGAGAUCUUCUGGGGUCACAGGUUUGAGCCGGUGAUCUACGAGGACCGGGACCGCUACAAGGUAGACUACGCUCGCUUCCACAAGACCUACGAGGUGCCGUCAACGCCCCACCUCAGCGCGAAAGAGCUCGACGAGGCCGCGAGCCGAGCCUCUUCGACAGCUUCUCCCGCCUCUGCGUGCAGAACCACGCAAGACUUGAUCCCCCGCUCGCUGAGCGCCUUCUGUUAUGAGAACGAGGUGGCAUUGAGUUGUGGGGAGGAAGAGGACGACAUCUUCGACUCCUCUCAGACUGUAGGGAAGGAGAGAGCAGAGGAGAGGAGGACUUCAGUUUCUGUAGACUUCCAAAACAUGUUCCAGGACACUGCGACCAUGACAUCAGGCAGCCACAGCGUCAUGUGUGUUCUGGACAUGGACAAUAACCAGAUGGAGUUUGACAUCCUACAGACUGCCAUCCCUCUUGAUCCAGUGACCUAUAAGAGCGAGCAAGAGAUCUGAAGAGCGCGGGGAGAACGGAUUGUCACGUGUUCAGCUCUGGAUUGCAUGUACAGAAAUGUAAACGCCCUUUGCCUUGCCAGUGUCGUUUUCUAUUCACAUGUUUGUUUGUUUUCUUUUCAUUGAGAUUAGAAAUGAAACAACGGAAGAAACCGUUUUCCUAAAUAACUUUUGGCACAUGGAGCUGCAUUCCUUGAAGAGCCAUAACGAUCAACCAGACUGAUUCUGCAGGAGGACAAAGAGUCUCUGACAAAGCGCUGACUUUUGGGCUUUUGGCUCCCUUUCAUUAUGAAUUCAUAAACCAAAGGAAAGCACAAUAGAAGAAAAAUAUCCAGAAACUUGAGUCAUGUUUUAGACUGUAUGUACAUUUUGCAUAGUUAGAAUUAAUUUUCUGUGAAUGUAAACAAGAGAUUUCAUGAAAGCAAUAGCAGAUUUGAUGUAACUCUCUUCCUUUUUGAAGAGGACUGAGGUCAAGACUUACAUGGUCAGUUUUUAAGACGUGCUGUUUACAUGUGGUGGACUUCUGCUUGAUAAUCUCCAUGUUGUUCAUAGACUUCAAUGGUCAUCAUGCCAGCAACCGUUCCCUACAUAGUCUGCUAUUUGCACUUAUGUGAGGCUGCUUAUUUACUUAAACCUUUCCCUGUAAAACACUAAAACUCCCCUUUAUUUUGGCGUCUUAGUGAACAUUAGUGAGAACCUACUGCUUUUGCUGUGUAGUGAACCAACAAGACCAUUCCAAGUGCAAUCACUAAGUGUAGCAGCAGGAGGACUUUUUUUUCUGAAUUUGAUCAAGAUUCGGUAAGACAAAUAUUUUUGACAAAUAUCUUGAUUUAAUGUGAUUUAGGAAGACGUCACUACAUUUUAAAUCUUAUGUUAAAAACAUGUUUUUUCUCUUGAAAACACAGUUGAGUUUCAAGGAAUUAUAUUGAAAACAAAACAGAAUAUUUAACUUCGCAGUAACAAAUACUUUCAUUAGAUUGUAGAAGCUAAAAAGUUUCUAACUAUUAUUAAUCUAUUGAUGUUAUUAAUAUAAAGCAAAGUAGACCUUUUAUUCACUUUAUGGAUCACUUCAGAACGUCUUGUUUCUUGCGGAGGCUGCAGCCAGUGAAAACAGAAACAAUACUGAGAAGUAGCUUUAACUCAUGUUUGUGCUGUUGUUGUUCGCCAAAGGUCUGGAGUUAAACCACAGAGAGCACCUCUGAUUUAUGAUUUGGGAAGUGGGGUGCACGCAGCAUACUCAUUAUCUUUGAGACGUAGAGCGGUGUGAAGCCAUCCUACAGCACAGCGGGAAACAAAGGGAUAGAGGCUGAGGAGUGUCUGGACAUGUGCAAUAGAUCCCUGGACUGGGACAGUCAAGUAAAAGACAUGACAUUUAAAAAGACUGUUGACCUGCUUUUUGCAGGGACAGCAAACAGCAGGUUCAGCAUGCUGGGAGAAGCAGGUGGUGUUCAAAAACUAUCAUAGAAAAAGAAUAUCUAAGUGAUUUUUGAUUUAAUGUGGCAAUUUUCUCAGAUUUCGGAACCUGAUACAAAAAAUGUUUAAUACCAUUGAGCCAUGAUGUUGACAGCAAAAAUUAGGAUGUGAACUUACAUUGUGAAGUCACCUUUAUUUAGAGUCAUUAUACCUGCUGCUCCUGAUGAUACUGCGACUCUCGUCAUUGAAAUACUCAUUUCACUCUUUGUUUGUUUCAUUUGUAAAUUUGUUCCUACUGGUCGUGUUGCAUAAGCAGGCGUUUUUGCAUCUUUUGCAUCAAUACGGCUGUGUGAGCGGGAAAGAGAGAGUGACGGUAGAGAUCACGUGCAUCUGAGCAACAGGCAUUCCAAAGCAUUACAGCUCAACGUUUCAAUUAACUCAGUUUUCAUUGCAAACUUGCUAAACAUUCAGGAACUUAUUAAGUAUAUAUAAGCAUUUUACUGGAAACACACACUGGCAGCCAAAAGGAAAUUAUAUUGCUUUUAGAGCUUACUCUAAAGCAAUGUGUUCAAAAAUGUGCUAUGAAUAAUUGUAUGUGUAGAUGUAACCUUGAUAACUCUAAUCAGACCAUUGUAACAGACAGUUGUACUGUACUGCAUGGACUGUAAAUAAAUUUCAGUGUGUUCCAUUUUUAACAGUUCUUGCCAGUUUCCAGAUGUUCAAAGGUCCCUUUGCUCUGAGUGUCUUGAAUGCUCCAAACACUUUGAUUUUUAUUUCUAAAGCUCCUGAAAGCGGGAUUUCAAAUUUUACAUACUUUUUGAAGUGUCUGUGCGGCCGAAAAUGCUGCUAAAUUGUUCAAGAUCAACCCAUAAAUGUGAAAAAAGACAGUGUUGAAAAGGUUUGGACUGGCAGUGUGUAAGAGUCUUUCUGUAAUGCUGGUUUUGAAUUGUGUAACUCGUUCAUAGUUCAACAUGAGCACAGACAGGGAACCAAGGAAAGCAUCCACUGUAAAUGCCAUUUUGUGAUUCCUUUGCUUCCUGCUUUGUAUAAAUGUAAAGGUUUUCCAACUCGUGAUUGGAGAUAAACAUGCACUAAGCAAAACUACUGAACUAAUUAAAAUAAUCCGAAGAGAGAAAAUCUCAAGUAC